AUGCAAUCAUAUCUCCAAUACCACAGGUUUCGCCGAACCUUGGAAGCGCAAAUCGAGACAGACCGCAACUGCACACGAGCAGUCGACCGCGCGAAUCAAGACCUUCCUCCCAUCAGCACGUCAAGAGCCUCGGAUGUAGAGAAAGAUGUCGAGCGAGGUGAAUCAACCGCAUCCAGCGGCGAACACACAGCAGUCGACGAAGCCACUCUCGGAGUAACAGCAGAAGACUCAGGCCGACGACACGGCCCAGAAGAAGAGGAGGAGAAGUAUGAUGUAGGCGCUGAACACGAACCCAGCGAUCCUGGCGAAAGAAGAGAUGAACUUCCGCCAAACAGUCACGAUAUGGAAGCGCGUCGGAGAGAGGGUAGUGCAGACCUUGCGCGUGUAUCCACGACAAAGAGCGGGCGAUCGGGGCUCAGCAGAUCUGGUACUGCGCUUGGUCGCAUUCUUACAGGUGUCAAGGUGCGAAAGAGAGAAGAGCAUGAGGGUGGCGAGGGCAAUGUCUUUAUUGUCGACUUCCAAGGAGACCAAGACGACUUGAAUCCACACAAUUGGGGUUGGGGCAUCAGACUCUGGAUCACCUUCAUGGUUGCGAGUAUUGGUUUCGUGGUUGGUGUGGCUUCGUCGAUUGACUCUGUUGCCAUCCAACCUGCAAGUCAGGAGUUUGGCAUCUCAGAGGUUGCUGAGAGUCUGGCUACUGGUCUGUACCUCAUAGGUUUUGGAGCAGGUGCGCUCUUCGCUGGCCCUUUCUCAGAGACGCUGGGCAGAAAUCCCAUCUACAUUGUCACAUUGGUCAUCUAUAUGGCUUUCCUUGCCGGAGCUGGAGCUUCGCAAACAUAUCAGCAGCAAUUCGCGACUCGCUUCUUUGCUGGCUUCUUCGGAAGUACCCCUCUUACUUGUGCAGGUGGCUCACUGUCUGAUAUCUGGAAUGCAAGCGAGAGGACAUUGAUGUUCCCCAUCUUUGCCAAUGCCGCCUUUCUGGGUCCCAUUCUAGGUCCUGUAAUGGGCGGAUACAUCUGGAAGGCCGCACAUCUACGCGCUAUCACCAACGAUGAACGCUACAGAGCAGAAGUCGAAGUCCGUAUGGACCCUUUCCUCACCCGCCUCGGGCGUGCUUGUUACCGACCCUUCCUCCUCACCGCUACAGAACCCAUCAUCAUAUUGAUCGCCCUGUACCUCACCAUCGUAUACAUCAUCCUGUUCACUUUCCUCGACGGCUACGACUUCAUCUUUGGCGAAAUCCAUAGCGUAAGCAUUGGUGUCCAAGAGUUCCGCCUUUGGUACGCCAUGAUUGGCGCUCCCACCAUCCCCAUCGCCAUGUUCUGGAUGGGCUGGACAUCCUACCCGGACAUCAGUAUCUGGUCACCCCUCGGCGCCUCUGUGCUGUUCGGUUUCGGCAUCCUCUGCAUCUUCAUCAGCAGUUAUCAGUACAUUAUUGAUGCGUAUGAGAUUUAUGCUGCUUCGGCUUUGGCAUCCAUCACGCUGAUUAGAUAUGUGGCUGCUGGUGGCAUGACGGUUGUGGGUGUGCCAUUUUAUCAGAAUCUGGGCGUGCAUUAUACGUGUACGAUUUUGGCGUGUAUUAGUGCUGCUAUGGUGCCUAUUCCAUAUCUGUUUUACUUCUAUGGGCACAAAAUCAGGGCGAGGAGUAAGUAUGCUCCUGCCGAUUGA